GCUCGCGCUAAGGAAACCGAGAAACCGGACGUUGAUAACAAUCUUUCACAUUACUCGCAGCUACAGUCAUCUCCUAGUUUGUUCGCGUGUCGCUGCUUCUCCGUGUUUCAGAAUAAGCUGCUAGUUGUUAAAUAAUUUCAGAAUUCGUUUAAUUUUAUUGGCGUUUCUGUUUUGAGGAAGACACACCCUCCAAGUUGAGGGACGCUAUCAAGGAAUCCGUUGUUUUGCUAGUUUUCGGUUGUCGGUAUCAAAAUGGCCUAUCCCGGAUACGGUGCACCACCCGGGGGAGUCCCAGGAAUGCAGCAAGAUCCUCUCUAUGGAUUUUUUUCUGCCGUUGCUGGACAGGAUGGACAGAUCUCUGCAGAUGAGCUGCAGCGCUGCCUCACACAGUCUGGCAUGUCUGGCUCAUACCAACCCUUCAGCAUUGAUACGUGCAGACUGAUGAUUAACAUGUUGGAUAGGGACAUGUCUGGCUCCUUGGGCUUUAAUGAGUUCAAGGAUCUGUGUCAGGCUCUGAAUGGCUGGAAGGCAACCUUUGCAUCCUUUGAUCGUGACCACAGCGGGGCAGUAGAGGGCCAGGAACUGCAGCAGGCUAUUCAAUCAAUGGGUUACAAUUUAAGCCCUCAGACUAUGAACAGCAUCAUGAAGCGGUACAGCAAUCAUGGCAGGAUCCCUUUCGAUGACUUUGUGAGCUGCUGUGUGAGACUCCGCGCCCUGACUGACCAGUUCCGAAGACGGGAUACGACCCACUCAGGAAACGCCUCAUUUCGCUAUGAUGAUUUUAUACAGGUCACCAUGAGCAUAUGAAAAGGACAAGACUUUCCAGUGGGGAUCUGCAAACAUCUCAUAGUUUUCAUAUUAACAGCAUUAUAUUAAUUUACAUGUAAUCAGAUUUGUAUAAACCAGGUUCAGAUGUGACAUUCCAUUUCAUUGUUAUAAUUUUGUUAUUCUUACUCCCAACAAACUAAUAAAAUGUAAGCAUUAAUUAACAUGAAUUAAUCCACUGACAAACAUAUGAUUAAUAGUAGUAUAUGCUCUGUAGCCUUUUAUUACCAUGGCAAUCUUGUCAAAUUUUUAUUG